UUUCUCCCCCCUGCGCCCCCCCCCCCCGAAUACGCACCCUACGAGCUCCUCGUCGACCGCUGCAUCAUAUGCAUCGGCAUCGGCUGGACGAUCUGCUACAUGGGGAUAUCCUACAAGGCGAUGAAGGAGGAGACGUACGGGAUGGCGUUCUUCGCGCAGUGCAUCAACAUCGCCUGGGAGUUCGUUUACGGCGGCCUGGUCUACCCGCCUCAGAACCCGCGCGAAGUACUCGUCUUCGUCGGCGGUUUGGCGUCUAACCUCUGUGUCCAGUAUACCAGUAUCGCGCACGGCCGGCGCGAAUGGCAGCACGUCCCAUUCAUCCACCGCCACCUGGGCCUUCUUUACGCGGUCACCAUCGUCGCUCUGGUCUUGGGCAAUUUGGCCUUUGCGCGCCAGAUCGGGCCUCAUCAGGCGGAGAUCUAUAUUGCUAUUAUUUGCCAGGUGUUUGUGAGUGUGGGAUGCUUGUGUCAGUUAUUGGUGAGGCAGAGUACGAGGGGUUUUUCGAUGUGGUUGUGGACCGCACGACACUUUGGUUCCUGCUUCGCCAUCCCCGUCUUGUAUCUUCGCUCCACCUACUGGCCCGAGGCGUUCGGGUUCGCGGCAAGUCCGACGAUGAUUUGGAUGGGGGCAACAGCCUAUCUGGCGGAUGUGACGUAUGCAGUGUGUUUCUCAAGAUUAGCGAAGGAGGAAGAGCUGAAAAGGGUCAAGCGAAUAGACUAGGGUGAGACGAUCAGGGGCAGGUGGUACGAUGCACAUCUAGAUUUGAACAAACAAAACAGUGGUCUGUGCGCUCUGGCUACUGGUGAUGAGGCCAUAAUGGAC